UCCGCUCGGGCAGCGGGCUGAGUGAGCUGCUGCCGCCGCCGCCGCCGCCGCCGCCGCCGCCGGGGGAGGGGCGGCCGCCGCCCGCCUGCGCUGAGAGACUCACGCAGCCCCAGUCCCGCCAGUCCGCCAACACUGUAGUGCCGGCCCCCACCUUCCUUCCCUGGCCCUUCCCCCUCCCCGCCUUUGGCUCGCUCCGCCUUUCUGCCCCCCCCACCCCCACUUCACGGGCACGGGCCAUUCCCGGCCAGGAAACGCCGUGGCGCCGCGUUGGGCCUAACUCGAGUCCUGCUGCCUCCCGGGAGUGCUGUGCGCCGCAGCCCGGGCCCAGGCCCCCGGCAGCGCCUGGGACAAGGUCUUCAGAGGUACUGGCAGAUAAUUUUGGGGUCUUCAUAUUUGGAGGUCUAUAAAAAGGAUUCCUCAUGUCCAUAACAUGUUGGUUAAGACUGUGCAGCUCACCCCCACUCUCAGAGUGGCCAGUCUCCAUUAAUUGGACCCGGUGAUUUCCACUCUCUGCUGUAUUGGACGUCAUGAGCAUUGCAAUCCCUCUGGGAGUCACCACACCAGAUACAUCCUACUCAGAUAUGGCUGCUGGAUCAGACUAAGAGCAGCUUUAGGAAUUCAGAGUUUGUCGAAAAGCCCAAUCCCUAAAAUAGACUCUCAAUUCUUGAAGAAUUUAAAUACCAAAUGGCAAUGAAGAAAGGAAGUGGAAGCCCCCUACCUUUCAAGACGAAGUGGCACUACACCAGGAUGUGAAAGUCCAGCGAAAGAGACCCAAGGGGCCUAGGGGGCAGCACACCCCCAGAAGCCAAGUCUAUUCCAGGCAGUACCAGGGAUUAGGGUCUGGGCUGGAAAAAUCCUGGUGUUUUGAAUAUGUUCAGGUCCAGUUCAGACUCUUGAUCCCACAGCCACUUCUUGAGUGAGGGUAUCCUGUCUUGGUAGUGAAUGGAAGAGGGCCUGGUCCCUGGGGCAGUGCAGAAGGCACUUUCAUCAUCUCACUCACUGCAAAUGUCAUGUGAGGUUUCAUGGAAGUAUUAAGAGAUCCAAUUAAGAAGAAUAGUUCUGAGUCUAAACCAGCCCAGAGUGGCUUCUCUAGGGGAAACUCCCUGCUCAGCUGCCCUGAAUCUGUGGAGGCUAGUCCAGCAGUUAAUGAGAAGAGCGUGUAUUCCACUCAUAAUUAUGGGACCACUCAGAGGCAUGGGUGUCGAGGACUGCCUUAUGCUGAUCAUAAUUACGGAGCCCCUCCUCCUCCGACACCUCCUGCUUCUCCCCCUGUCCAGACGAUCAUCCCUCGUUCUGACCUGAAUGGCCUGCCGUCGCCCGUAGAGGAACGCUGUGGAGACAGCCCGAACUCUGAAGGAGAGACUGUUCCUACCUGGUGUCCUUGUGGUCUUUCUCAGGAUGGCUUCCUUCUCAACUGUGACAAGUGCAGGGGAAUGAGCAGGGGGAAGGUUAUUAGACUUCAUCGGCGGAAGCAGGACAACAUAUCAGGUGGGGAUAGCAGUGCAACAGAAAGCUGGGAUGAGGAGCUUUCUCCUUCCACUGUGUUGUACACAGCAACACAGCACACACCUACAAGCAUCACCUUAACUGUUAGAAGAACCAAACCCAAGAAGCGGAAGAAGAGUCCAGAAAAGGGUCGUACAGCAGCAAAGACGAAGAAAAUCAAGGCAUUUCGAGAGGGAUCCCGGAAGUCCUUGCGGAUGAAGAAUUCUCCUUCUGAAGCACAGAAUUUAGAUGAGAAUACAACUGAGGGAUGGGAAAAUCGGAUAAGACUAUGGACUGAUCAGUAUGAAGAAGCUUUCACUAAUCAGUACAGUGCAGAUGUACAGAACGCCCUUGAACAACAUCUACAUUCUAGCAAGGAAUUUGUGGGCAAACCUGCUAUUUUAGACACUAUUAAUAAGACUGAAUUGGCCUGUAAUAAUACAGUUAUUGGUUCCCAAAUGCAGCUACAGCUGGGAAGAGUCACUCGUGUUCAAAAGCACCGGAAGAUCCUGAGGGCUGCAAGAGACUUGGCUCUGGACACGCUUAUAAUAGAGUAUCGAGGGAAAGUCAUGUUACGACAGCAAUUUGAGGUCAAUGGGCAUUUCUUCAAAAAACCAUACCCCUUUGUGCUCUUCUACUCAAAAUUCAAUGGUGUAGAGAUGUGUGUGGAUGCACGUACUUUCGGUAAUGAUGCUCGGUUCAUCAGAAGAUCAUGUACACCAAAUGCAGAGGUGCGACACAUGAUUGCAGAUGGGAUGAUUCACCUGUGUAUCUAUGCGGUGUCUGCCAUCACCAAAGAUGCUGAGGUCACCAUAGCAUUUGACUAUGAGUACAGUAACUGUAAUUAUAAAGUGGACUGUGCGUGUCACAAGGGGAACCGGAAUUGCCCUAUACAGAAAAGGAAUCCCAAUGCUGCAGAACCACCACUCCCACCUCCUCCAAGCUUACCCACCAUCGGAGCAGAAACAAGACGUAGGAAAGCACGACGGAAAGAGCUAGAGAUGGAGCAGCAGAAUGAGGCUCCAGAAGAGGAUAACAGUCAGCAACCAGAACAAGUUCCUGAAAAAGCAGUUGUGUCCAGUGACCAUGAGGAAAUAGACAAUCCAGAAGAAAAAGCAGACGAGGAGAAAGAAGAGGUUACAGAUGACCAGGAGAACCCAGCUCAUAGCAGAAGGACCCGGGAAGAUAGGAAGGUCGAAGCCAUCAUGCAUGCUUUUGAAAACUUAGAGAAAAGAAAGAAGCGGCGGGAUCAGCCCUUGGAACAAAGCAGCUCUGACGUAGAGAUUACUACCACCACUUCAGAGGCCCUUGUGGGAGAAGAGGCAAAAACUGAAGCCCCUGAACCCGAAGUUAGCAACCCUGCUUCAAACAUGGCCAUCCCAAGCACCCCACAGAGUGUUGGAGUGAACACCCGGAGGUCUUCCCAAACAGGGGAUGUUGCUGCAGAAAAACCAGUCCCCAAGCCACCUCCAGCAAAGCCUUCUAGGCCCCGACCGAAGAGUCGAAUUUCUCGGUACCGGACCAGUUCAGCCCAAAGACUAAAGCGUCAGAAGCAGGCCAUUGCACAACAGGCAGAGUUGGCACAAGCUGCCUUGGAAGAAGGAGGAAAUAAUAGCUCUGUAACUCCUACUGAAGCUGGAAAUAUAGACAGUUCAGGAGAAAACAGGCAAUUAAUGGGGUCUGACCCAACUGUGUUAUCAGUUACUGGAUCCCAUGUCAACCGUGCUGCACCUAAAUACCCCAAAACCAAAAAGUAUCUAGUUACAGAAUGGUUGAAUGACAAAGCAGAGAAGCAAGAAUGCCCUGUUGAGUGCCCUUUACGUAUCACCACGGACCCAACUGUACUGGCAACAACCCUGAACAUGUUACCCGGUCUUAUCCAUUCCCCAUUAAUUUGCACCACCCCCAAACACUACAUUCGCUUUGGCUCACCCUUUAUCCCUGAGAGACGUCGAAGGCCCCUUCUGCCUGACGGCACCUUCAGCUCGUGUAAAAAGCGCUGGAUAAAGCAAGCCUUGGAAGAAGGGAUGACUCAAACAUCAUCUGUACCCCAAGAGACUAGAACUCAGCAUCUAUACCAAAGUAAUGAGAAUAGUAACUCUUCUAGUAUCUGCAAAGACAAUGCAGACUUGUUGAGCCCAUUAAAGAAAUGGAAGUCUCGCUAUCUGAUGGAGCAGAAUGUCACCAAGUUACUGCGGCCUCUUUCUCCAGUCACACCACCCCCUCCCAAUCCAGGCUCAAAGAGCCCCCCGCUGACCACAUCUGGCCCAUCUCACCCAGAAGAGGAGUGUCGAAAUGGAUACAGCCUCAUGUUCUCACCAAUCACGUCUCUUACUACUGCUAGUCGCUGCAAUACUCCUCUGCAGUUUGAGAACAUAUCCUCCCCUGAGAGUUCCCCUGCGAAUAGGCCUGAGUCCCUGUCACCCGAGCUUUGUCACCGGAAAGACCUGGACUUGACAAAAGUAGGCUACCUUGACUCCAACACUAACAGCUGUGCUGACAGACCUUCCCUGAUCAACUCGGGUCCUUCUGACCUGGCUCCUCAUCCCUCUGUCGGGCCCCCCUCUGAGACUGGCUUUCCAAGCAGGAGUGGAGAUGGACAUCAGACCCUUGCAAGGAACUCGGACCAGGCAUUUCGGACAGAGUUUAACUUAAUGUAUGCCUACUCCCCAUUGAACGCUAUGCCUCGAGCAGAUGGACUGUAUCGAGGGUCUCCCCUAGUAGGGGAUAGGAAGCCUUUACAUUUGGACGGGGGAUAUUGUUCCCCUGCAGAAGGGUUUCCCAGCAGAUACGAACAUGGUUUUAUGAAAGACCUCUCUCGUGGAUCCAUGUCACCUGGUGGUGAAAGGGCUUGUGAAGGAGUCCCAUCUGCCCCCCAGAACCCACCACAGAGGAAAAAGGUAUCCCUGCUGGAGUACCGCAAACGGAAACAAGAAGCCAAGGAGAAUUCUGCUGGUGGGGGAGGUGACUCUGCACAGAGCAAAAGCAAGUCUGCAGGAGCUGGGCAAGGCAGCAGUAACUCACUUUCUGACACUGGUGCCCAUGGUGUGCAGGGAUCCUCAACCCGAACCCCAUCUUCCCCUCACAAAAAAUUCUCCCCAUCUCAUUCCUCUAUGUCCCAUAUGGAGGCGGUAAGCCCAUCAGAUUCCAGAGGCACUUCAUCUCACUGCAGACCUCAAGAGAAUAUCAGCAGUAGGUGGAUGGUUCCCACAUCAGUAGAACGACUUCGAGAAGGAGGGAGCAUCCCCAAGGUCCUCCGAAGCAGUGUGCGGGUGGCCCAAAAAGGAGAGCCUUCUCCCACUUGGGAGAGUAACAUCACAGAGAAAGACUCAGACCCUGCAGAUGGAGAAGGCCCAGAGACACUGAGCUCAGCACUCUCAAAAGGAGCAGCCGUUUACAGCCCUUCCAGAUACAGCUACCAGCUCCUGCAGUGUGAUAGUCCACGGACAGAAUCACAAAGCCUCCUUCAGCAGAGUUCCUCCCCCUUUAGAGGACAUCCCACCCAAUCUCCAGGAUACAGUUAUCGAACUACUGCACUGAGACCUGGAAAUCCCCCCUCUCACGGUUCUUCAGAAUCUUCCCUCUCUUCUGCGUCCUAUUCCAGCCCCGCCCACCCUGUAUCCACAGACUCGUUGGCCCCAUUUACGGGGACACCAGGGUAUUACAGCAGCCAGCCACAUUCUGGAAACAGCACUGGCAGCAAUCUUCCAAGGAGGAGCUGCCCUUCUAGUGCUGCUAGCCCUACCCCACAGGGCCCCUCAGACUCGCCGACCUCAGACUCGGUCUCCCAGUCCAGCACAGGAACUCUGAGUUCCACCUCCUUCCCUCAGAACUCUAGAUCAUCAUUGCCAUCAGACUUACGGACUAUCAGUCUGCCCAGUGCUGGGCAGUCCGCUGCCUACCAGGCCUCCAGGGUAUCUGCGGUUUCCAAUUCACAGCACUACCCACACCGUGGGAGUGGGGGUGUGCACCAGUACCGACUCCAGCCGCUGCAAGGGUCAGGAGUCAAGACUCAGACAGGACUUUCCUAGGGCUUCUGGAUUUGGGCAAACAGAACUGAAUGAGCCCAUAGCUGCUUCCUUCCAGCUGCCUCUGGAACCUAGGCCGAGCAUAUUGCUGGGGAAGAGGGUACAAGGUGCCAGAGGACUGGGUCUGGUCGACAAGAAACGAGACUUGUGGUCGCGACUGGCUCUGGCCUUGGAGAAAGAUGUAAAUCUUGUCUGAAGCAGAGACUAUAAAGAAGUUUCUCCCUGCUGUUAAGGGUACAUUGUUGACAAGCAAAUGGUGUUCCGGUUAGUAACGGUUCUAAGUGCAAUGAGUCGUGUUGAAGCCUCUGUCUCCCGUCCUUGCCUGUAGCCUGUAGUCACUUGUGCAGUGGGGACAUCUUUUUACACACACACACACACACACACACACACACACACACCCUCCCCCCCAAAAAAGAAGUUUUCUUUUCAGAGGAAAAAAGCAUAAAGAGCCAAUCUCAAAGCCCCAAGCCAUCUGAGUAGUAUUAGGAUUUUUAUGCACUUAAGAAGAAAGGUAGGUAUGGAAAUGUUCGCCCUGUGACAACCAUUCCAAAAGCAGGUAUCUGGCCAAGAUGUGUCCACCAAGAAUUCUCCCUACCUUUGUCUUAAAAUCACCAAGAAAUAGGCAGGGAUAGCAAAACUUGGAAUGUGCUCUGGCUGAGGGGUGCCUGGCUCUCUGAAGAAGAGCUUUUCGUCAACUUCUGAUGAUUCAGGAGCAGAUGAUCAUAGUAGAUUGUCUGAGCCCCCAGCUGUUCCCAUCCCCCACCCCUCCCCAAGCUGUCUCACAGCUCAGUAACCCAGAAAGGAAGUAGGCAAAGAAAAGCAAAAUAAGUGAGAUGGGCCAAUUGCAUUGCUACUUAUCAGCUGUUGGCAAUAAAUUUGAUUAGUAAGGAUCCCAAGUGUUUUGGGAAUUCUUUGAAUUUUAUUUUUUUCUACUCCCAGUUAAUCAGGAGUUGACGAUCCCGUGAAUAGGACCACCUCCAUGAUUAGGGAGCACGCACUUGUGACUGCAGGGUAAGAGUGGAAAGAUACGUUUGUGGAGUGGCACCGACAGGACUGUGAUUGUGUGUGGGCAUGUCCCACAUUUCUUUGGGGGAUGCUGAUUUGAGAAUGGCCCAGGUGAGAGAGUUACAAAGCCACCCACACACCUAACACUGUUCUGGAUGAGAGACACGGGCAGACUGGCUUCUCCCCAUCAGUGCAUCGUGCCUGUUGUACGCCCCUGUGGGAGCCCUGGAGCCCGCCCAGGUGGGGUACACAAUCUUUUUAAAAAUUCCAUAUGGUUGCCAGCUUAUUUCUUUCACUUGUUUACUGUAAUAUCCGGCGUGUUUUUAUUUAUCUAAUUUUGUAUUCAGUUAUAACCAUGGUAGGGGUAGCAAAUAUAUGACAGGUGUAAUCCCUGGUGCUGCAGUGGACCUUACUUCUUUUCUUUUGGACAAGAUAAUACUGUGAGUCUCCCUCCUUCCAAUUUGUUUUCUUCUUUUUUUCCCCAGCCUCUUGCAUCCCCUUCUUUUCUAUCCUUUCCUAUAACUAUCAUAUGCACAGUCUUCUCUCUUUGUGUGUGACUGUUACAAAAUUUCACUUUUUCAAAAUUGAAAUCAGGUGUUUGCUCAAAUGAGGGGAGAUUUUUUUUUUUUUUUUAAAUGCUGAAACCUCAGCAGAAUACUUUUCUUUUUGUUGUUUCCCCCACAAACCCAUCAGUCUGGGAGAGCGUUGGGAGUGGAAAUCAUGUUGCCUGGGAUGCUGGUUUCUUUGUAUAUUAUAUAAAACGUAUGUAAAUGUCUCUCCAUUUGGGCUGGGGUUUGCAUUCUUCCCUUGGUUUUAGCUAAGGGGAGAGGCCAGCGGGCAGGCGGCCCUCACCCUGCCUGGCACGUGCAGAGACCCCAGCCACUCUGUGUGGGCAGGGUGCUGUCAAGACCAGACCUCUGGGGGGGGUGGGGGGGGUGGGGGGAACUCUUGGAAGGGAAGAAGUAUCACUUCUUUCUCAAGUGGAGUGUUUACACCUUGCUGUAACAUUUGAACUUUCACAAGAGAUGUAAUAAUUUUGAUAAUAAAAUUCUUAACCAUAA